AAAUCAUAUGGCUCUGUAUUAAUAAAGUCCAAAACUGAAAAUAUUAGAAGAAAAAAUUGUCAAAAGAUUCUCUCCUUCCCUCUCUUUCGUUCAAUUAAAGAUUUGUUGACCUCAUUUGUUUUUCUUCUAAUCAAAUCUAACUUUCUCCUUUUUCUUCUCAAAUUCUCUAAUCACACUCUUCAUCCUCUUCUGGACAAAACUAUUUAGUAUUUUGUUCUUCAGCUUCAGUUCUCUAAGAGUUUUUUUUUUUUUUUUGGGAAAAUAAUUAUUGAAGAGUUGGGUGAUCUAAAGUUGUUGUAAUAAGUUGCAAUGUCUGAGGAGAAUAUUUCACAAGUUGAUGACAAGUGUUGUUUGGAUGAUGCAAACCCAAUGGAGAUAUCUGUGGAAACUAUCCCUGUAGUGGAUGAGGAAGUUCAAGGAGAUGAUGAUGUUCUUCAUCCAGCUGCAGAGACCAAUCAUGCGAGUUUGAAGCGGUAUUCAACACGAGUUUUAGAUAAAAAGACAGGCAAAGCUCAGGUUCAAACCCGUUACCGUGGGAACCAAACGAGUUCUACUCAUGAUCUAUGUAAACAUGGGAAGAGGCGUGAGGAAGAUUUGGUGAUCAAACCAUGGAAGGUGGCUAAGAAAAAGAAUGUUGACAGUGGAGAUUUGGGGAAGGGUGAGACUUUGAGGAAGUCCUUGGGGAAUGUUUCUAAACCGGACAAGUCAUCAUUGCAGGCUGCAAAGAGAGAAGCUGCUGGUGAGGUUGUCAAAUCUUGUGAUGGUUUACACGUUAAGAAGAGUGAAACCAAGAGUACUAGUCCGAGUGUUUCACCUGUUGUGAGAACGGUCAAGAAGACUAAUCUUGUUGUAAAUAAGGCUUCAAGGAUCAGCCAGAACAAAAGUCCUAAAGAGGAUCUUUCGAAGAAUUUGAAGAACAAAGAGAAGGGGAAGAUUGUUGAACCGGUUAGAUGUGAUGAUGUAUUAGAGAAGACAGAUCUUGAAGUUAAGAAGGUUUCAAGGAUCAGUGAGAACAAGAGUUCUAAAGAGGAUACUCUGAAGAACAAAGAGAAGGCGAAGAUCGAUGAGCCAGUUAGAUGUGAUGAUGUAUUGGAGAAAACGAGUCUUGAUGCUCAGAAGGUUUCAAGGAUCAGCGAGAACAAGAAUUCUAAAGAGGAACGUUUAAAGAAUCUGAAGAACAAAGAGAAGACGAACAUUGAUGAACCGGUUAGACCUGAUGAUGCGGUGGAGAAGACAUUGUAUGUUGUUGAAUCUAGUGUUGAGAAGAAGAAGAAGAAGAUGAGCACCAAAAGUGUUAAGAUCAGUGAGACUCAGCAAUCUUCUGAGAAGAAAAUCAUAAGAAGCACCGGCAAGAAAAGUCUUAGCUUAUUACCAUCUUUGCCUCCACCCUCAGAGGUGGUUACAGGGUCAGAUCCUAGGCCAAUAAGACAGACUACUUCCAGGUCCAAGACUAGUUUGCCUGAGAAGAAACAGAGUGGUUCUGCUAAUCUUGUUACUAAUCCGAAACCCGAAAGCAAGAUUAGACCGAAAAGGAUUGGUUUAAAGGUUACUCCACCUCCUCCUCCAACAAAGCAGCAAAUGAAUUUCAAGAAAGGGAAAGUUCUUGAACCAAAACCAGAAGAUUCCACUACAACAUCGAUCAAAUUCAAGAAGAUAGUUGUUCAAGAACCAAAACUCAGAACAAGUGAUGUGAACAAAAAGAAGAAGAGCCUGAAAGAUAAAAGAGAAGGUGUUGGGAAGAUUAACGGUGAAGGUAAACGAGAGAAAGUUGUUCUGAGACACAGAAAAGUGGAAGUGAAGAAGAAAUUGCAGACACUUUUCAAUAAUGUGAUUGAAGAGACUGUGAAUAAGCUUGAAGAAGUGAGGAAAAGUAAAGUUAAAGCAUUGGUUGGUGCUUUUGAAACUGUUAUCUCUCUUCAAGAUAACAACAGAACAUCUCAGAAGAAGAAGAUUCAGAGCAAAUCCACAUCUUCACAAGUCGUUGAAGGCUGCUAAGUCCUUGAGAAAGAGAUCAAAGUUGUGAAUUGGUUUAAAGGAAAAAUGGUUUGUUUUUGGUUCAUGAAUCUUUAUAAUGUAAAAUUUUCAAAGAAAUCAUAUUUUCUUUUCUACGAUGCUGAGUUUAUAGAGAGGUCUUGAAGAUUGUAGAUGACUUGAGUUCAAGAUUUGUUUCUCGAAAUAGUACUCUGUUAUAAAAUUGGAAAUCCGGUUUGAUUGGUUUUUUGGUACCGAACCGGAUUUUAAUUUUAAUUCACACGUGUGUAGUUGACACGUGUGGUUUCUUCGCACCCGCUCUUCACUUGUUCAUG